CUCAAUGCUAUCUACCGCCGUAUUCUGCUGACGCCCAGCAGUUUCACUCCGGCUGCCGUGAGACAAGGUGUGGGCUGCUCCGGCACAAAUGGCUGCACCCCUGAAAGUGUGUAUUAUUGGCUCUGGAAACUGGAAAUGAAUCAUUCUACUCUACAGUUCUACCUGUGGCACCGCCGCUUCAAUACCUUACCCACGCGGCCAUUCUACGUGCGAGACUGGACAGGGCUCUGCAAUUGCGAAGAUAAUUGGAAAAAAUGUCCAGAAAAUCCCGAAAUUUGCUAGAACAGUCAAUAUGUGGGUCUUUGAAGAACUGAUUAAUAACAGGAAAUUAACUGAAAUUAUAAACCAAGAACACGAGAAUGUUAAAUAUCUGCCUGGAUAUAAACUGCCUGAAAAUGUGGUUGCUGUUCCAGACCUGAAGGCUGCUGUACGUGAUGCAAAUUUGCUAGUUUUUGUUGUGCCCCACCAAUUUAUCCGCAAAUUAUGUGAUGACAUUCAUGAUCAAGUGCCACAAAAUGCUCUUGGCAUUAGUCUUAUAAAGGGAAUUGAUGAAGGACCUGAAGGAUUAAAAUUAAUUUCUGAUAUAAUCAGGGAAAAAAUGAAAAUUGAUGUCAGUGUAUUAAUGGGUGCCAAUAUAGCCAAUGAGGUUGCAGCAGAUAAGUUCUGUGAAACUACAAUAGGCAGCAAAAAUGUAGAAAAUGGGUAUCUAUUCAAGGAGCUCUUACAGACACCCAGUUUUCGGAUAACAGUGGUGGAAGAUGCAGAUACGGUAGAACUGUGUGGAGCAUUAAAGAACGUUGUUGCAGUUGGUGCUGGUUUCUGUGACGGGCUGCUCUGUGGAGAUAACACUAAAGCUGCUGUAAUUCGUCUGGGUUUGAUGGAGAUGAUUGCAUUUGCCAAAAUCUUUUGCAAAGGAAACGUGUCUGUUGCAACUUUUCUGGAAAGCUGUGGUAUUGCAGACGUUAUAACAACGUGCUAUGGAGGGCGAAACCGUAAAAUUGCAGAAGCUUUUGUAAAGACCGGAAAGACUAUUGAACAGCUAGAAAAAGAGAUGCUGAACGGCCAGAAGCUUCAAGGGCCUCAGACAUCAGCGGAAGUACACCACAUUCUCAAACAAAAGUCAAUGGUGGAUAAGUUCCCUUUGUUCACAGCAGUGUAUCAAAUUUGCUACGAAGGCAAGCCAGUGGGAGAACUGAUAUCCUGCCUGCAGCACCAUCCAGAACACAUGUAAAAUUGCAUUAAGGUGGAUUACAUACAGAGUUCCUUGUGCAUGGGGCUAAUGCUAGUAUUGAUGUGUGGAUCACCAACUAAAGAGAUUGUAUUUGACUAGAUUGCUCUGAAGUAGAUUUUGUGACAUGAAUCGGUUAUACAGUAUUAAUGGAGUUUCCAUUAUAUUGCCAGUUAAUGUUUGCAAUAUUGUGGUGGAGGGAGAUGAAUAUUCAGUCAAAAAUGCCACAGUGAACAAAUGACAAAGUUUUAUUAAUCUGAGUGCCUAUUUAUAAUGGAAAUACUGUAGCUGAUGGUUUGUAUGUAUGUUGGCAUGAAGUUCAAGCAAACAUUUAUGCAUAACUAAAUUUAGUUAUUGGGAAUUGUUAAACAACAAAUUCAGGCAUUAAAUAGCUCAUGGAAUAUCAGGUAUCACUAACUCUGUAACUUGAUAACAGAAUACUGUCAAACCUUAAAUUUUUUUCAAUAAAAUGUCAAUUUUAUUAGUUAUUUUUAAUAUAUAAUGUGAAAAUCCAUAAUUUUAAGAGUUGUGUAAUUAAAAGCAUAUUGAUGUUAACUAUAGUUAAUUGCACACCUGACUUACUGUCGGUUUGAACCAGCAGCUAAAUCACUUUCCCUGGUGAGAUACAAAUAGACCCUCUCAGAUGGGGACAGUUUUGUUACUUUAUAUUUUGAUGCGUCAUAUAAUCUUCAAAGUAUCAGUUCCUAAUGAUAAUUCUCUUACCUCUGAUCCAAAAGACCGAGGCUUCAAGCAAUACUUCAAAGAUUUGAGCAGUUAAAACAAGUAUCCUUUUGUGCAAUAUCUAUAAUGUAAAAAUUAUAAACAGCUAGCUGACAUUUCACCACUUUAGUUUCUCACCAGCCAGUCUGCUGAUUUCCUUUCCCCACAGCGUACCCCUCUCCCAAGUGAAUUUUCUGUCCCAAGGCUCUCUGACUCUCGAUUUCCUUUUCCCUUCUCUCUCAUCUGUGGCCUCUCUCACCUCUGACCUGCCCAGAAGCUACCAUUUCCAUUUGAAAAACUGCAGCGUCAAAAUGGACACAAAAAAAUGCUGCCCUGAAGCAAAGGAAAAAAUCAUUCUUCCAAGAUUCCGAUUUGCAAAACAGUGCCAUUCUCCCUCCCUGCCCCCACUAUGCAGCAUCCACUGAAUUUGUAGCUCAAGCAUGUGCAUAACAUAUUCUCUUAAAGCAUAGCUGGCCGUUUGGCCCAUUGUGUCCAUUCUGGCUCAGAGUAAUCCCACUCCCUCACUUAUUUCUUUGCAGCCUAUAUUCUCACAUGCGCCAAUUCUUAUACAUACCACCCCAACUUCUGUUUCUCCUGCCGUAUAGCUCUUGUCCACUAAAGGCAGUUUGCAGUGACCUAUUAUCCUAUCAAUCAGAAUAUUUUUGGGGUGUUGGAAACUGGAGCAGCAAGCAGAAACCCAUAGAGAAUAUGCAAAUUCCACACAGAUAGUACUGGACCAAAUCCAGGUACAGUAGCUGAAGCUGUGCCAUGGUGCUGUCCUGACUGAUACUUUACUCUUUUUAAAGCCUUAAGACAGAUGCAGGUAAAAGCAGCUACAUUACCUUUCCUGGUUUUACCUUGCAGCAUGUGACGCAAGGCCCGCCCAAGGUUGGUGGGCCUUUCUUCUGAUGUUUGGUACCAACUGAUCAAACCAAGGCAUGACUUCAUGUUUCUCUUGUGGCUUGGACUUGGAAGCCACAGUGGAUUUCCCAUCAAGGGACGAGAGUGGGAAAGAGAGAUCGAUCUGAGUCAGAAGAGGCCAAAUCAUAGGAUCAUAUAAAAGCAGAACACAGAAAUGGACCCUCUCAGCCCACCAGAACCAUGCCUUGAUGGCUAUGUUUGCUAAUUCCGUUUGCCCAUAUUAUGCCCUUAUCCCUCUAGGCCCUUCUUAUCCAAGUACCCUUCCUUUAUAUGUUGUAAUUGUACCUGCCUCCACCACUUCCCAGAUAUUCGCCACUUUAUGUGAGAAAGUGUUUUUUAAAAAAAUAACUUGCCUUAUGAGGUAGGUGGUGGCUUCCCUGGACAUGAAAAUGCCCCCUACUAUGGAAUCUUACAUUUCCAGUCACCUUAAUGCAGUUGAUUUGAGAUGGCAGUCUGGUGCUUCACAUUAAACUAACAGGAGUCUUGUUUGCACAGGAACACCAAAUCACAGUGGCUUUGAGUUGAUGCAGAUCUGUAACAGUCUGUUGGAGCAAUGGAAUUUGGAAAAUGUACUGGUCAGUUUUCACGGCACACAAUAGAAUGAAAAAGCUGAGCAGACAUGAUGUAAAAUUUAAAAAUGCUGAUAACGCAGCAAAUUGUUGAACUAGGUCAAAGGCAGGUUUUAGAAUCUAUAAGUGACUAGAUAAAAUGAGUACAGACAUGCUAAUUACAGUCACAGUGAGAAACAUUUAAUAGCACGAAGACAAAUUUGGUACAGUAGAAGAAAUAGCGAUAAGAGUUUUGGCUGCUAGAACUUCCCUUGUGGUCAGAAAAAGUUGGUGAGAGUAUCUUACACAGCUGCCUUGUGAGGUGCUGGGUAUGACUUGGAGGAACACUCAUUUUACUAGUUUUGAUUUGAAAACCAUUGCUACUGGGACAAUAAUUUUAAUGCAUGCUGUAAUAGUUACC